GUUUUUAUUCCAGAUUAACCAGUUUUUAUUCCAGAUUAUGUCUCAUUCAUUUUCAUUCAAUUUUAAAUAAAAAUUAAAUCUUGACAGACCCCAUUUUCCGUGUUUUCAGUUAAUUUGGAAAAAUAUAUAAAAGGGAGAUUUCAUUUUCUGCUGAAUAGAUAUCUGCUCUCUCUAUUCUGUGGCUUUGAAGAUGCAGACCACUCCAGAAAAGUUGAACGUACGUGUAAAAUAGGAUUGGUUGAUUUUGGCUUUCUGCAACUCAAGUGGGGGAUUUGGCUUUUAUCUAUCGGGGCUGCUUUCUUUUUGGUGAUAGAGCUGGGAUUUUUAGUGAUUUUGUUUUGUCGUCGGAGCAGCAGUUUGAUGCCGGUGAUUCAGGUUUCUGUCUAGUGGGAUUGCAUUGGAUUGGAAAUUGUUUACUGGGAUCACUGCAAGAUUUGAUUUUGGAGCAGGAAUGGUAGGAUAUGAUUGGUGAUAUGUCAUCUGCAUCUCCUUCCCCAAAUUCAUCUCCCCCUCCGCCCUCCUCUGCUCCUUCUCCACCAUCACUACCACCUCAGCCCAGUUCACCUCCGCCGAGUCCUCCUCUUGCACCGCCACCUGCCUCACCACUACCGCCAUCCUCUCCUCCUUCUCCGCCCAAUGCUCCACCUCCUCCGGCAAAUGCUCCUCCUCCUCCUCCGGAAACAUCACCUCCACCAGUCAAUGCACCUCCUCCAUCAACUCCACCUCCUCCAACUUCCUCUCCGCCUCCACCUGAUCCACCACCAACUAGUCCUAUUACGCCACCUCCCUCGACUAAUUCGCCCCCGCACCCACCCCCACCAGCACCCGUAAAUAGUUCCCCACCUCCACCAUCAACUUCACCACCGAGAAAUUCUCCUCCUACGCGUCCGCCUCCUAAUACUUCGCCCCCACCAUCAUCACGUAACCCUCCUCCACCACGGUCAAAUAGACCUUCCCAAGAUUCACCACCACCACCAGUCGUGCCACCCAUAAUGGAAGUGGUUCUGGAAAUC